CCCGUUCAUGUCUUAUGUCUGCAGACUAAAAGAUGGUUGGUUCAAGUGUGACUGGUAACCUCCUUACUGCACUGGCAGCCCUGUGUGCAGUAUUGAUUCUGCCCGUGGAAUGCCAACCUAAAAGCAACAUUCUUGUGGUGCCCAUGGAUGGCAGCCACUGGGUGAACAUGGCGGUGAUCCUGAAAGAACUGCACUACAUAGGCCACAACCUCACCGUCAUCCGUUCCCGCACCACCUUUUACAUCCCAGAGAACUCCUCGUUCUACACAUCCAUCACAGUGCCCGGAAUAGAGGACGAGUUUGACAUGGCCUUCUACGACAAGUUGCUACGCCGCCACUUGGAGUUCCGGAGGUCAGGUCGGCUUCUGCGUACGCUGUACAUCCAAUGGGAAUUGGGGAGCCUGAUGAGCAAUGGCAUCGACUACAUGGCCAGGACUAUUGGGCUCAUGUUUGAAGACCAGGAGGUUAUGUCGAUGAUCAGGGACACCAAGUUUGACAUGGUGUUCGCCGAUCCUGCCAUGCCAACUGGGAUUUUCCUCGCUCACUAUUUCAAGCUCACGAUAGUCUACAAUGUCCGCUGGAUCCUGAUGGGCGACAGCCACUUCACCUUUGCCCCCUCUCCGCUGUCCUAUGUCCCUGUGACGGGCUCCGAGCUCACUGAUCAGAUGGACUUCUCCGAGCGCUUCCUCAACAUGGUGAUCCACAUCAUCCAGUGCUGGCAGUUCCGCUUUCUUGUGGAACCAGCUUACGGUCCGUUGAUCGAGCGAUACUUCCCUCCCGGAACAGACUUGCUGUCGAUGGUGCUCUCAGUAGACCUCUGGUUCGUCCGGGGCGACUUUGUCUUCGAGUUCCCACGUCCCACCAUGCCCAAUGUUGUUUACAUUGGAGGGUUCCAGUGCCGCCCUUCGAAGCCUUUGCCUGACGACCUGGAGGCCUUUGUGCAGAGUUCUGGGGAGCAUGGUAUCGUGAUCAUGUCGCUAGGGACUCUCAUCGCAGCCCUGCCCAAAGAAGUUACAGAGGCGAUUGCCAUGGUGUUUGCAGAGAUGCCCCACAAAGUCAUUUGGAGGUACAUUGGGGAGCGGCCGUCCACUCUGGGGAACAACACCCUGCUGGUGGACUGGUUCCCUCAAAACGACCUGCUGGGUCACCCGAAAACGCGAGUCUUCGUGGCUCAUGGAGGUACCAACGGUGUCUACGAGUCCAUCUACCAUGGGGUCCCCAUCCUGGGGCUGCCUUUGCUCUUCGACCAGUUCGACAAUCUUCUUCGACUUCAGGCACGUGGAGCCGCUCGAGUUCUGGAGGCGUCAUCGUUGACCUCGGCUAACUUCAAGGAGGCUUUGCUGGACGUCCUGGAGAACCCCUCUUACAAGGAAGCGAUGCAGAGACUAUCCAGACUGCAUAGGGAUAACGAAAUGCACCCUCUGGAUCGCGCCAUAUUCUGGAUCGAAUAUGUACUGCGCAACAAGGGAGCGGGGCCUUUGCGGGCAGAGGGUGACCGUCUGCCCUGGUAUGUCUACCAUAGCGUAGAUGUGGGCCUGUUCCUACUGACUGUGCUUGUUGUUAGUGUGUGGCUGUUCUUUAAAUUCUGCAAAAUGGUUUUGCGAAGGAUUUGUGGCCGAAAGGCAAAAGUUGAAUGACAAACCUGUGGUCUGAACUUGUACUCUCAGGGUAAAAUAGCAUCAAACCUAAAAUGAAUAUACUUCACUUCGAAAAUUGUAUUUUCUCAUCACAAAUGCAGUAAUUACAGUGACAGGCAUAAUCCUUACUGUGUUUAGUGCGUACACUGAAAUGAUAUAUCCCUUUGUGACCUGACUGAGGGAUAGUCCACGUUCCCAACUCCAUCAUGACCUUUGAGUUCUGAACCUUAAAGGUGCACCGUGUAGAAAGUGGCCAGGAUGGGUAUGACUAUGCUGCUCAUUGAAACUGCUGCCAUUUACCUAAUUUGAUCUUUUCAUGAAUAUUUACUGAAUAAUAAACCAAUAUUUACUAGUAUUAAUUCUGGAAAUAAACUACAAAAAUAUUACACAGUGCCCCUUAACACAGCACUAUGGCUCUCUGUAAUGUCAUAGCAAUGUUGUUAUGAUGUAGUUAUGCAUUUUCAGCAAGUGAAUAGGGUCGCCGGCGACCCCUGCUGCAGUAAGAGGCUAAGUCAAUAAUGUAGAUAAUUUAGUGAUUUCAUUGUAAUAAUCAUUAACAACUAUUAAUGUGUUUACAAUAAUUUGAGCAAAUAAGUGCUUUAUGUAUUGGCACAAAUUAUCCUCUUUUCUACGACAUGUUUUCUGCUACCGCCAUGCUACGCCAUUUCCCCCUGGGAUCA